UGCCGCGGAAGAUGGCGGCUGAGGCGCUGAGUGGAGGGGAGGCACCGGCCUGCGACUCCGGCCGGAGUGAUGCCAUCUGCAAUUUUGUCAUUUGCAAUGAUUCUCCUCUUCGAGGUCAGCCUGUUAUCUUCAAUCCUGACUUUUUUGUGGAGAAACUCCGACAUGAGAAACCAGAGAUGUUCACCGAGUUGGUGGUCAGCAACAUCACAAGACUUAUUGAUUUGCCUGGAACUGAGCUGGCUCAGCUGAUGGGGGAAGUGGACCUCAAGUUGCCUGGUGGGGCUGGCUCAGCCGCAGGGUUCUUCAGAUCUCUAAUGUCGCUCAAACGGAAGGAAAAAGGAGUGGUAUUUGGAUCUCCACUGACAGAGGAAGGCAUUGCCCAGAUAUACCAACUGAUUGAAUAUCUGCACAAAAACUUGCGAGUAGAAGGCUUGUUCAGAGUACCAGGCAACAGUGUCCGACAGCAGCUUUUGAGGGAUGCUCUCAAUAAUGGAACCGAUAUUGACUUGGAUUCAGGAGAGUUUCACUCAAAUGAUGUUGCCACGCUGCUGAAGAUGUUUCUAGGAGAGUUACCAGAGCCUCUGCUGACCCAUAAACAUUUCCAUGUACACCUCAAAAUUGCUGAUUUGAUGCAGUUUGAUGAUAAAGGAAAUAAGACCAACAUACCCGACAAGGAGCGACAGAUUGAGGCCCUGCAGCUGCUUUUCCUCAUCCUCCCUCCAGCCAAUCGUAACUUGCUCAAGUUACUGCUUGAUCUCCUGUAUCAAACAGCGAAGAAGCAAGACAAGAAUAAGAUGUCUGCCUAUAACCUUGCCCUUAUGUUUGCACCUCAUGUCCUGUGGCCCAAAAAUGUCACUGCAAAUGACCUUCAGGAGAAUAUCACCAAGUUAAAUACUGGGAUGGCUUUUAUGAUCAAACACUCCCAGAAGCUUUUUAAGGCUCCUGCUUAUAUUCGGGAAUGUGCCAGACUGUACUAUCUGGGCUCCAGAACUCAAGUGUCAAAGGAUGAUCUUGAUUUGACAACCUCAUGUCAUGCCAUGUCCUUCCAGCUGUCAAGAUCUCAGAAACGGAAUAGGGUAGAUUCUUGUUCUCAGCAGGAGGAGACCCAGCAACAUACAGAAGAGGCUCUGAAAGAACUCUUUCAACAUGUUCAUAACAUGCCAGACUCAACAAAGAAGAAACAACUUAUUCGACAGUUCCAUAAGCAGUCUUUGACUCAAACACCAGGGCGAGAGCCUUCUACUCCCAGAGUCCAGAAGAGAGCCCGUUCACGCUCCUUUAGUGGGCUUAUUAAGCGCAAAGUCCUGGGCAAUCAGAUGAUGUCGGAAAAGAAAAACAAGUCCCCUACUCCAGAGGCUGUGGCCAUGGGUGAACGGAAGAGAGUCAGCAAAGAAAAUAUGAGCUUGUUCUUUUCUGGCUCUCCAACUGUCACAAUGACACCAACAAGAUUGAAAUGGUCUGAGGGGAAGAAAGAGGGGAGAAAAGGAUUCCUCUGAAGGGUCAGCUAGAGUUCCCCUGUUGUCCACAGUGAAGUUCUCUUCAGUGGGACAGGUGUUACUUUUGUUCCCAGUGAAGCUUGCAGCUUGCUCCCUGCAUUUUGAAUUGUGAAAGCCAAUCAAACCAUGACCGACUGAUACCUCUAACCCACUCACUGGAUGUCUCUGAAGCUGUGCCUCUGAGAGAAUGCUCUGUUCUCUGUGUUUGUUUUUAAUAUGAGGAAGCCACUCGACACCUACCAGCUUACACAGUGCAGUAGGUGGGCAGCUAUGCUUAAUCAGUGUGCUGGGGUCGGUUCUGUUUCUUCUUCUUAAGAAUGGGAAAUUUUAUGUUUAAUAGCUAGUAAUAUGUUUUAAAAGCACUGUCAGUCAUAGUGGACUGUUAUAUAUUAACUGGUAUUUGGGACUUUUCUCUGUGUUGUUAGUAGUGAGGAAGUGACUGUUUAUUUACUUGUUUUAAAAGCCAUCAUUUAGAUUCACAGCCUACAUGGAUUUUAAGUUAAAUGCCUUUGACCCCUUUUCAUUUUGAGCUUGAGAAAUCUCUGUAUCUUAUUAUGUUCAAAGAAUUUACAGCUUUCCUAGACAUUCUAUUAUUUCUUAUGUCUAAUUUAGGGGAUUUGACCUGGCAAUGAAAAAGAAUUCAAUACAGUAUAUUUUAACAGAUUUCAGCUACUGAACUGUACCCCCAUGCCUCACUGUCUUCCCCUCAGUGAUCUGAGAAUGGUUGUGUGGUUGUUAACUUGCUUUCUGCAUUAGUAUCCUCUCACCUGAAUAUCUCUGGUUCCACUGACACCUCUGUGGCAGACUCCUGGGGCUUGAGAAGAGCCACGAACUGAUCCAUAGAGCUUGCUGCAAUCUGCAUGUGGUAGAGACUCUGAAGUCAUGCCAUGAGGGACUGGUUGGCCUUGGUAGGAUCCUGUCACACAUUCCUAGGUAUCAAAUACGCCACUCAACUGUCUCCUGAGAGCAACUUGGAACCAGGAAAGACAUACAUAGCAGUCUCUGCAGGGCCCAUAUGGAAUAGAAGAGCCCCCACAGGAGCAGUUGUGGUGUUCCCCCAGUCAUCUAGAACAGUUGCUCUCUGCCCCUCUGUCAGGAUGGGCACAGGAGCCACUGCCCAGUGAGCAUCAGGUGGAAGGUGAUGUUGAGGUACAGGCUGACUCUGCAGAACUGUACAACCAUCCUCACCCCACUGUGGGGAUCCAGGUACACAGCAAAAUACGGUUUGCCAACUUAGUGAUAGACAAUUGAAAAUGCUGUGUUACUGUUGAAAUGAGAGCCACCUUCAGGGUAGCAGAGGCUGACUUCGUGUCUGUCUGUCAGCCUCUUCCAUCCUAUUCUGUUUAUUCUGUUGCUGUAGUAGCAAUGGUAAAGGGAAAUGUGGUAAUUGGCUUUCCUGCUGGAUAGUUUGGGAACAGUGGAGGUGUUUAAGUUUCUUUCUCGAAACGAGUUUAGGUCAUCCUUAAAGAUUUCAUUAACAAGUUCAUUUGUCUAGGUUUCUGUUUGACUCUUUUUGUUGUUACUAAGAAAAGGUUUAUUUUUUUUUUUAAAUAAAUUUCUUGUGUUAGGUAUAUAGUGAGGUCAAACAGAAAUCCUUUUGUAUUACCGAAUCAAAGAAGCUCUUCCCAGCAUGAAGCUUCCUUGAAGUGUGUUCCACCGUGCUGUGCUGUGGCACUGGGCGGAGAGCCGAGCAGUGCCUUGGUGCCUGCAGGAGUUUGGCUCUGUUAGAGAGCGAGCAGGACCGAGGAGUCGAGUGUGAGUGAUUGGGGUGGUCUGGGUGAGGUGGUGAGAGGGUUUACCCCAUGCACAUGCUUUUCAAUUGCUGGCCUCUUGGGCAGCUACCAUGUGUAUUUGGGAAUGUGUAUUUUAUUUAUUUAUUGGCUUAGUUAUUCUCUUGCUUUAAGGGUAUUAUAGGUCAUUUUUCUUCUUCUGAAGCUGUGAUCCAGUGCAGAAUAAACUUGAGGAAUAGCAUAGACUCCUGUGUCUUGUACUAUGUGGCUGUUCUAAUCCUGUGGUGUCUUCUGGGAACCUCAGAUAAAAGCUCCAUCAUUGCUCCGGAAGAUUGCUAUUGCCCUUCUGACGGGGCGUACACUUGCUGUUUUUGAGCCAGUAUUUAACUAAGGUUUUUAACAUAUAUCUUUUGUUGUUGUUGUUGUUUGUUUGUUUUUUGUUUUUUGUUUUUGUUCUUUAGGCAGGGUUUCUCUAUGUAGCCUUGACUGUCCUAGAACUCGCUCUCUAGACCAGGCUGGCCUUGACCUCAGAGUUCUCCUGCCUCUGCCGGGGAUUAAAGAAAGGCACGUGCCACUACUGCCCAGCUAACCUAACCUGUGUCUUAAAAGAUGUUUGUUGUGUUUACUUUUUAUUGUUGGAGCAAUCUCUUUGGAAGUACUUUUCCUUUCUUUUUGGGGUUAAUUUUACCACAGGCUUUGAUGUUGUGUCAACAUAGGCUAGUAUAUUUGACAGAGGGCCACAAGAAUGAAGAGAUAGAUCAUGUUGGAUUUGGAUCUGCACUGGGUGAAUGAGUGGAGGCUGAGCCUUUACCUAAUCUUUCACAGAAGUGUAUUUUCUCACUGAGAUCAAUAAUCAGGUUUGAACCUCCCCUUCCCCAACUCAUACCCACUGUGAAGGAAACGAGAAUUGGGAGACAUUGAUUGUACCAAGCUCCAGACGUUAUAGAGGCAUGACUGUUGAGUUCUGAGGGAAGCCACAGUUGACCCUCCACACAGAACGUGCUUCACUUGGAAGGUCCUCCUAGAGCAGUCAGGAUUGCUGAAGAAGCACCCAUGGCAGACUCAUUGUCAAAAGCAGGCUUUACUAACAGCUAAUGCUGAGAGCAGUGUGCAGUUGAUGGAGGUGAGCUAAUAAGGAGAUGGAGGAUAAAUAGCCUGAGUGCUUGUGUCACCAUGGAAACUGGAGUACAUGAGGCCAUAGCCCAAGCUAAAGAACCUCUGACAUGCGUGGACCAGUGGGCUGUAGAGAAGGCAUUCUCUCACCCAGGGCCUUUCAGCAAGGCUUGCCUGUGCUUGCCAUGCGCUCGCUCACUUGACCCCCAAAAGGUUUCUUAAGAGAAGGUUGCACCUGUUUGUUACUUUUGGUUAUUUUGCAUAUAUAUAUGUAAUUAUAAAGAAACAGCCAAAUAUAUUGUUUUUAUAUCUAUGUAAUAUUCUGAAAUUAAAUUUCUGUUUCCUA